GGUGCGCUCACUUGGCUUAGACGUGUUCGCGGAGGUCUUCCAAAAACCACUCUUGAGCCACGAAACAGCGUGUGAGGCACAGAGUAAAAGAGAGGCCCAAACAAACAAGCUCACACACACACACCCAGCGCUCGGGUGGCUAUGAAAAUGAUCGGCAGCGACUACGUACUGGAAGCCCACAACAUUUUCCACACCACCGAGGUUGACGGUGGUGGCUGUUUCAAUGGAGCCGGCAACUCGGCUCUGGUGCUCAAAGGCGUCAAUCUCACCGUGCACAGUGGUGAGGUGAUGGCCAUUCUGGGAUCAAAGGGGAGCGGCAAGCGGGCUCUUUUGGAUGUGAUCUCGAGACGCGCGGAUGGAGCCACUCGUGGCCAGGUGCUGCUCAAUGGUUCGCCACUGUCCAAGGCCUUGUUCCAGCAACGUUGCGGCUACGUGACCCAGUCCUGCACCUUCGUUCCAGGCCUCACAGUGGCCCAGACACUUCACUACACGCCCACCAUAUUGAGUGGUUACCUUAAGAGUUCCAAGGUUCGCCAAGUUCUAGCAGAUCUGGCCCUGUCCCAAGUGGCCCAUAAGCGAGUGGAGUAUCUGAACAUCAGUGAGGCAAGACGUCUGGCCAUCGGCAUUCAGUUGGUCAGGGAUCCAGUAAUGCUCCUGCUGGAUGAGCCCACCCAUGGACUAGAUCCUCUGAGCGCCUAUCUCCUUAUAUCCAUUCUCUCCAACACCGCCAAGAAGACCGGCUGUGGAAUUCUACUUUCUCUAGAGAAACCGCGCUCCGAUGUAUUUCCCUUCUUGGAUCGCGCUCUGUUCCUCUGCCUGGGCGGUGUGGUUUACUCCGGAGGCACUCGAGCCAUGCUGGAGUAUUUCCAUGGGAUUGGAUUCCCCUGUCCUCAGCUGGAGAACCCACUGAUGUACUACCUAUGUCUGUCCACCGUGGACCGUCGGAGUCGGGAUCGGUUCUUGGAAUCUAGCCAGCAAAUCGAAGCUCUGGUGGAACGAUUCUCCCGAGAGACUCCCAUCUCGGAUGCCCCCAUCAAUAAUAUGGGAUCAGGAAAGGUACCACUGGCAUACGGAAAGCCGGGAGAGCUCAAAGUUUGGGUUAUGCUGUACUUAAAACUAUUGGCCUCCACCUUCUCCUGCGGUCUGGUGGGAAUGAAAACUUUAUUCCUGCGAAUGCUGCUUCUGCCCUUGGCCAUGAGCAUCCUCUGGGCCUUUUACACAAAUGUGGGCGAUGAUGCACAUGGUUUCUUUACCAGAAACGGCAUGAUUCUGAAUAUUUUGGGACUCUCCUAUGGAUGCGGAAUAUUAACCACCAUAUCUCUAUUUCCAAUUUGGCGCAAGAAGUUUUCGCAGGACACUCCAGAGGGUCUAUACUCGGGAACGACUCUACUUAUUGCCUACAACUCCGUUUCCAUACCUUUCUCUGCGGUAUCUGCCGUAAUAGCCAGCUGUGUUAUUUAUCCUCUUCUGUUGGAUGUCAAAUACAAUAAUGGCACAGUUUUCGCAUAUUUGUUGGUGGCUCUCUGGUCAAGUUUCGUCCUUGCAGAACAGCUAACGAUUGCCUUCCUCUUGGUGGUGAAGGUGCCCUUCAAUGCAGCCAUAGCAGUGACCUAUGUGCUGGUCAUCAGCAUUGCUCUGGCCAGCGGUACAGUUCGCUCCUUUAAGGGAUUGCAACCCUGGCUGCAGGACAACACCAAGGGCACCCACACCCGAUACGCCUCCUCCCUGCUGCACAGCAUCGCCUUUCAGUCGCGGAAACUCAAUUGCACACCAACCGCCUCCGUCAUCUGCCCAAAGCCGGCAGACUUUAUGCACGAACGACUGGGACUGCCUGAUCCCGAUGAAACCAUCGAUGUGGCUGCCUCUUGUGCUUUUGCUGUGGGCCUGGCUGCCUUCAACAUGCUGCUCUACUUGUUCCCAAUGCCGCGAUGCGUGCGCCAGAAGUUCAAGGACUAAUGAUCGUCAAUUUUACAUUGCAAUACU